GCACCCACAAAGAGGAAGGGGAAGUUUGGGAACCUCAGAGCAGAGCCAGCCCCGCUUGCAUCCUGUGCCUCCAUCCGGGUUGGCCAGCAGCCCCCCUCCCAUUAGGACCACCAUGAGCCCCGUCCUCUCUGCCCUGCUGUGCCUCGGGCUGUGUCUGGGCCACAGGAUGAGGACGCAGGCAGACAAGCUCCCCAGACCCUCCCUCAGUGCAGAGAAUGGGUCACUCGUGCCCCUGGGGAGAAAUGUGACCUUGAGGUGCCGGGGGUCACCGGAGGCUACUGAAUACUUUCUGGUGAAAUAUACGGGAUUUGUAUACGAACGUAUCAGCUCCGAGCUGUCACGGGAAGAUGAGGUUGAGUUUUCCAUCCCAUCGAUGACACUGAGUGACACAGGGACCUACUCCUGCCACUACAAAAGAGAGUAUUACUGGUCAGAGCUCAGUAAGCCCCUGGAGCUGGUGGCCACGGGUGUAUACCAUUCACCUUCCCUCUCGGCCUGGCCCAACUCCACGGUGGCCACAGGACAGGCCGUGACCCUCCAGUGCCAUUCCCAGCUGUCCCAUGAUCGGUCUGCCCUGUACAAGGACGGAGAACAGGUCACCAAGGCCUGGGCCCAGUCCCAUGCACAGGGGUCUCAGGCCAAUUUCCUCAUCCCUGUGGUGGACUCCACCCACGGAGGGACGUACCGAUGCUACAGCUUUCAGAGUCUCUCACCCCGUGAGUGGUCAUCCCCCAGCGACCCCGUGAAGCUCAGGAUCACAGGCCCCCGGGGCCUCAGCCCCUCUCCCACGCAGCCACAGCAGGGACUAUGGGGAGGGGGCUCUGCUUCUGCCAUUCCUGGCAGGGCCAGGCUCACACAGAGAGCGUCUGAGGUGGGAACUGAACUCGGCUCUUCCUCACCACAAGCUUCUCCCCCUACCCCCUCCCCAAGCUGUUCCCAACAUGGCGGGAGUCCCGCGGCCCAGGAUUACAAGGUGGGCAAUGUCAUCCGCCUCGGUCUGGCCGGGCUGGUGCUCGUCCUCCUGGGGGUCCUGCUGGCUGAAGCCUGGAAUGAUCCCCCACCCAGGACAAGCCUGCCCUCUGCUGGCCUGGCUCACAAGCGCCCUCUGCCCCAGCUCUCCUCCCCCCUGCUGCCUGGAGAUACAGACCCGGCUUCCCAAUGUUCACAAGAAGACAUUUGUGCCCCGGGGCUCCUGAGGAGACCAGAGUCAGCCUUCCUGUGGAAUCUAAAGGCGCUGCCCUGGCUGCCACCCGGAACUGACCUUCUCCCCAGCCUGAGGCUCCUGUCUCAGAUCAAACGCGUGGGGCCAGCAAGGAGGCAGCACCACAAAGAGGAAGGGGAAGUGGACUUUUGCAGAAUUUGGGAACCUCAGAGCAGGACCAGCCCUGGUCACAUCUCUCCUGAUCGGCCAUCAGCCCCCCUCGCUGGGACCACCAUGAGCCCCGCCCUCUCUGCCCUGCUGUGCCUCGGGCUGUGUCUGGGCCACAGGAUGAGGGCGCAGGCAGACAAGCCCCCCAGACCCUCCCUCAGGGCAGAAAAUGGGUCACUGGGGCCCCUGGGGAGAAGCGUGACCUUGAGGUGCCGGGGGUCCCCGGGGGCUGCUGAAUACUUUCUGGAGAAAUAUCAGGGAUCUAGAUACGAACGUAUCGACUCCAAGCUGUCACGGGAAGAUGAGGUCGAGUUUCCCAUCUCAUCGAUGUCACUGAGUGACACAGGGACCUACUCCUGCCACUACAGAACAGAGUACUACUGGUCAGAGCACAGUGAGCCCCUGGAGCUGGUGGCCACGGACCGCUAUGAGCCGCCCUCCCUCUCGGCCUGGCCCAGCUCCGUGGUGGCCGAAGGACAGGCCGUGACCCUCUGGUGCUAUUCAGGGAAUCAAUAUGACCGCUCUGCCCUGUACAAGGACGGAGAACAAGUCACCAAAGCCCCGGCCCAGCUCCUUAAUGAAGGGGCUCAGGCCAAUUUCUCCAUCCCUGCUGUGACUUCUGCUCAUGGAGGGACGUACCGAUGCUACAGCUUUCAGAGGCUCUCCCCCCAUGAGUGGUCAUUCCCCAGCGAUCCCCUGGAGCUCAGGGUCACAGGAACCUCAAAGGAUCCUCCCCUCCCCCCCAGCCCUGGAGGCACCCAAGUUCUGACCCCCUCCCCGCCCAGACCUGCGGCCCAGGAUUACACGGUGGGCAACGCCAUCCGCCUCGGUCUGGCCGGGCUGGUGCUCGUCCUCCUGGGGCUCCUGCUGGCUGAAGCCUGGAAUGGCUACAGGGGAGGCCCAGGGGGAGCUCCCACGUCUUCUGACAGAGGGGAAGGGGGAGCUGGGGGGUCGGCCAUCAGUCCCCCUCGCACUGGGACCACCAUGAGCCCCGCCCUCUCUGUCCUGCUGUGCCUCGGGCUGUGUCUGAAGCCACAGGAUGAAGCAAGGCGCAGACAAGCCCCCCAGACCCUCCCUCAGGGCAGAGAAUGGGUCACUGGGGCCCCUGGGGAGAAGGGUGACCUUCAGGUGCCGGGGGCCCCGGGGGCUGCUGAAUACUUUCUGGUGAAAUAUCUGGGAUCUGGAUACCAAAGUAUCAGCUCUGAGCUGUCACAGGAAGAUGAGUUCGAGUUUUCCAUCCCAUGGAUGACAGUGAAUGACACAGGGACCUACUCCUGCAGCUACAGAAGAAAGUAUUACUGGUCAGAGCACAGUGAGCCCCUGGAGCUGGUGGCCACGGGUGUAUAUCGCUCACCCUCCCUCUCAGUCUGGCCCAACUCCACGGUGGCCCCAGGACAGGCCGUGACCCUCCAGUGCCAUUCCCAGCUGUCCCACGACCGGUCUGCCCUGUACAAGGAUGGAGAACAGGUCACCAAAGUCCAGGCCCAGCUCCUUGCUCAGGGCUCUCAGGCCAAUUUCCUCAUCCCUGCGGUGGACUCCACCCAUGGAGGGACAUACCGAUGCUACAGCUUUCAGAGGCUCUCCCCCCAUGAGUGGUCAUUCCCCAGUAACCCCCUGGAGCUCAGGGUCACAGGUCCCGCGGCCCAGGAUUACACGGUGGGCAACGUCAUCCGCCUCGGUCUGGCCGGGCUGGUGCUCGUCCUCCUGGGGGUCCUGCUGGCUGAAGCCUGGAAUGGCUGCAGGGGAGGCCCAGGGGGAGCUCCCACAUCUUCUGACAGAGGGGAAGGUGGAGCUGGGGGGCAGUGAAGGUGCAAAUCCCAAAGACUCCCGGAGUCCUGCCCACACCCAGACAGAGGGAGGGGCCCGCAUUUGGGGGUCUACACCAAUCUCAUCAUUGGGUGGCAAGUGUCCACACCAUCCCCAUCAAUGGCAGGAGCAAUCCCCCUGAGCCUCCUCCCUCAUGCCUUUGGCCAUCAUGGCUCUGAGGCCCCUAAGCCCACCCUGACCAGCAGCAGGACCCCCAGCUUCCCCCACGGCCUCUCCCUCGUCAGAUCCCCCUCCCGGGACAAGCCUGGCCUCCGCUGGUGGGGCCCAUAAGCGCCCUCUGCCCCAACUCUCCUCCCCCCUGCUGCCUGGAGAUACAGACCCGACUUCCUGACCACAAGAAGGCAUUUUGCCCCGGGGCUCCUGAGGAGACCAGAGUCCGCCUUCCUGGGGCAUCUAAAGGGGCUGCCCUGGCUGCCACCCGGAGCUGGCCUUCACCCCAGCCUGAGGCUCCUGUCUCAGAUGCUAAACAUGCCCCUUGCCCAUGACCACCAGUGCCCCCAGAGGGCGCCCUGCACCCAAAGGGCCAGUGGUCCUGAUUCUCUCCUCAAAGGUCCAGAUUUUGCUCCCUGGCCCUGCCUGGGUGAGAUGUAAGUAAAGUCAUUUGAGGGGAGGGGGGGAAAGAAGAGACAUCCACAAUUCUGGCACCAGCUGCGGGAGAAAGGUGCCGUUCCAGCCCCUGCCAGGAAGAAGCGCCCAGGACAGGUUCUGGCCAUCUCCAUUGGCUCCUGGGGGGAUUCCCCUCAGCUGAGACCCAGCGUUCCCUCUUCUGGCUGAGCUGAGCCACCUCCUUCUCAGGGGGAGAAAGACCCUUACCCGUUUACCUGCCCCAUGUGCUCCCAUGGAUCCCUUCUCUCAGUUCUGUGCUGCCGUCCACCUGGAUACAUGGUUCUUUGCUAUUGGCUGUAGACUCACAAUGUUGAAGCUGCUGCUUCCCUCCUGGCAGGAGUCAAAGUCUCCCUUGGAAGUGGGAGGUGCAGAGAGGAGAUGACAAAGGCAUUAUGUUGGCCUCCUUGUGAGCCAUGUCUAGACAGACUUGGGGAUGUGAUCUUGGGCAAAAAGCAAGUGGCCUCCCUCCCCCAGUCAUGCCAGAGAUCAUUCAUCAAGCCUCACUGGGACCUUUUCUCAUCCACCACCAUGGCUCCGGCACUUGCUCCUUCUGCUACUGAUGCCAACUGUAUCCCCUUCUGUCUUUGGGGGAAGGAUGCUCCUGAGUCUCAAACCCUCUGGGAGGGGCCCACCCAUUCAUAGGGGAAGCUCCCAGAGAAGUCAUCUCAUUCAGUUGGAGAUCUUGACUGGGGGCAUAAUCACGGUUCUCUAUUGAGUUGAAGAUUAGUCCUUUGAAUUGCUCCCUGCUCGGGUCCAGGGCAAACCCCAAUAUAACCAGGGACCCGUCCAUCCAUUGCUGUCAAUUCCCAAUCAGGAAAGCGCACUGAGCAGUCGGUUCUUCUCAUUGUAAACCGGUCUUUGCUAAAAAUCGUUGCAAAAAUAUCUUAACAGGAUUUUGCCCAGGGAGAAAGCUGUUUACUUACUGUAAAUAAACCCAUUUUUGCCACAAACCUCAAGUCUGUAUUCAUUGGGAACCAUCCAAGGAGGACCCAUUGCUGUUAGGGGAUCUCUCAACUUUUAUCACUGAUCAAUUGGAACUGAUUUGGAUCCUGUCAUUACAGAAG